AUGUUGGAUUUUGCACGAAGAAAUGAGACGUGUCACCGCGGUCGCUACGUCGAAGGAAAGUGGGUCUUUGAUGGCAUUUGCCGUGAAACCAAGGCCUGCAUCCUUGUACCGGUAGAGCGCAGGGAUAAAGAUACGCUCAUACCCGUUAUACGCGCUCAAAUAUUGCCGGGAACAUGCGUGAUGAGCGACAUGUGUUAAGCUUAUGAUUGCCUACAGGACGAGGGCUACAAUCAUCUCACAGUGAACCACAGCCUAAACUUCGUAGACCCAGACACAGGCGCUCAUACUCAGCGCAUUGAAAAUACACGAUGGGGAAUCAAACGAAGUAUACCUCGUACAGGAAUAUCCAAAGAUCUCUUCGGUAGCUACCUACAGGAGUGGUUGUGGCGUAAACAAUAUGGAGAAGAUCCUCUUGGAAAUAUAAUCGAGCAUAUCGCCGAAGUAUAUGAUGUUCGAAAGACA